UCCUACUACUUCGACCGGGAUGAUGUGGCUCUGAAAAACUUUGCCAAGUAUUUCCUGCAUCAGUCCCACGAGGAGCGUGAGCAUGCUGAGAAACUGAUGAAGCUGCAGAAUCAGCGGGGCGGGCGCAUCUUCUUGCAGGACAUCAAGAAGCCAGAUCGUGAUGACUGGGAGAAUGGACUGACUGCAAUGGAGUGUGCCCUGCACCUGGAGAAGAAUGUGAACCAGUCGCUGUUGGAGCUGCACAAACUGGCAACUGAAAAGAAUGAUCCACAUUUGUGUGACUUCAUUGAGACUCAUUACCUGGAUGAGCAGGUCAAAGCCAUCAAGGAGCUGGGUGACCAUGUGACCAACCUGAGGAAGAUGGGGGCACCGAAGUAUGGCAUGGCAGAGUACCUCUUUGACAAGCACACCCUUGGGGACAGCGACCAUGACAGCUGAAGUCAUGCUGAGAGCCACCCUCUGGGUUUCAGUGGGACUCCGACUUCACUGUCCAGCCGUGCAUGCAUCUCCAGCUAUCUAGAUAAACAGUUCUUAUACUCUGUACCAAAUAUCACCCCUCUUUUCUCUUGUGUUUUGUGUAUCGCCCUCCAUCCAAUAAAGUGACUUGGUUCAAGCUGG